AUGAACAAUCAGAGUCGUGAGGAGAAUAAUUCAAACAACCCUCGUUUCACCUCCUCCCAUCAUCCAUUCCUUCAACCUAUAUUCCCACCAAAUCCCAAUCUUUUCACUCAACAAAAUCCAUCCUCUCAACCAAUUUUCCCUCCAAAUCCCGCCAUUUUCUCCCCAAAUCUCUCUUUUCAACCUGGAUUUCCUCCACCAUGGAUUCCUCUAAAUCCCUUCUCUCCUCAAUUAUAUCCAAUCAUUUCACCAUUUCCUCCAAGAACUUCAGAACAAACAUCAACAAAGGACCAAGAAUCACCCAAGUUGGAAAAUGUUGACAAGCCAUCGGUUACCAAUAUCAACCCCAUCAAAUCACCCAAUCCUACCAGAGAAAUUGAAAAAACCUUUCAAAAUUCAAAGAGAGUCUUGGUGAUAAAGGAGCAACCACAAAUGAUAUGCAAACAUCCUUAUCAAAAACGUUCCAUGAUGGAACGUAUUGAUAAAUGGCGUAAAUUGAAAGGCGUUGGUGGUUUUGGUGGUUUCUCUAUCCCUCCAUACAUACCAAUGGCGCAAAUUAAAUUUUCGCCAUGUGAACACACUUUGAGUGAUCAUUAUAAGUGUGAGGAAGAAAGAGCAAAGAAAAAGAAGAAGAUUGCUUCUCAUUGGCAGAGAUUGGAAGUAUUGAAAGACAUUGGUACUUUCUUUUUUGAUAGAUCCAUCAACUCAUUGAAGAAAAAGUACAAGAAAUUGAAAAGAAAGAUUAAUCGUGCCAGAUUGGAAGGAGCAUAUGAUGCUUCAGAUGCAACAAAUUUUAUCAUUCAAUGGAGUGUCGAUGAUUUAACCUUUUCAGAAUUCACUGAUAGUAACACCUUUACCUCUACUGUAUCGAUAACUUUUCCAGAAACAUGGACCAAUUCUGACCAUUUCCAUAAAAUGAUUAUGAAACUUGGUCAAUUAAGUCCAUCCAAACCCUUACCGUUAAGACAAGCACAACCAUCAUCGAACAAGUCCAAUGUAUCAACGACUCCAGGAGAACCUUAUUCACAGUCGGAAGAGGAUUUAAUUGUGACAUCCUUGCGGAAGGGAAUGAAUUUGGAACAAAUUUACCGAGAUUACUUUACACACCGAACAUUUCAGUCGCUGAAAAAUAAGGUUCGACGGUUAAGAAAAAGGCAACUCUAUCACAAACAGCAACCAAUGAAGAAGAGAUUGAAUAAGAGAAGGAUGGUUCCUAAUUCCACUGCUUCGACUGAUUCAAAGGAGUUAAGAAAACCGUUUUGGCAUGAUGAUACGGUUGAUCGUUGGAACAAGAUUUGUCCUGUGUCAUGUUUUGCCAAGAAUGGUUUGAAAAUACCGACCCAAAGUUGGUUUACCCUCUCCAUUCGCCAACGAUGUCCAUCCACAAAACCACCUCCGAGCAAGAAGGAAUUGGUAGAAAAAGUGUGGAGCAAAUCAGAAACUUGGAAAAAGACGCCAUGUAAGUGUGGAAAUUCCAAGUUUAAAAGGACAGUCUGCUCGUUCAACGGACGCAAGUUUGGGUCAGAAAAGAAGAAGCUUGUUCAGGAAUUCAAGCAAGUAUCUGCGUUGGAGGAGUCUUUAACAAUGCUUCAAGAGAACGGAGUGAAUUCAUCCACGACUGCUGAGAAUGAAGUGAAUUCAUCUACGAUUGCUGUGAACGAAGUGAGUUCAUCUACGACUGCUGUGAACGAAGUGAAUUCAUCCACUACUGCAGAGAAUGAAGUGAAUUCAUCUACGAUUGCUGAGAAUGGAGUCAAUUCAUCCACUACUGCUGAGAAUGAAGUGAAUUCAUCUACGAUUGCUGAGAAUGGAGUGAGUUUAUCUAUGACUGCUGAGAAUGGAGUCAAUUCAUCCACUACUGCGGAAUCAAAGGAAAAAGCUGAUGACACUAUCGAGAAAUUGCUAAAACAAAUUUACACCUCCUUCUCAAUCUCAAACGAAGACAAUUAUUUUGUGAGAACAAAGAAAGUGAGAUUGAAACUCACCUCAGAACAAAAGAAGGUCUUUGAAAGAUUUUUCUUCAAUUCUAACCAUGCUUAUAAUGAAGCAUGUCUCCUUCAUUUCAUGUUAGAGCAAAACAAGGGAAAAACACUCCUUACCACCACAGAAGACGAUUACUUUAAAAUUUUGAAGAAUCCCCAAACCAACCUGAGAUUCAAACAAACUAGGUGGCUAUGGGAUCAAGAGUUGAAACAUUGUCCAGCAGAUAUUAAAUUGAACGCUGUGAAGGAUUUUGUCAAGGCUGAGAAAAUUACUAGACAUAACAAUAAGCAAGCAGCAGAAAAGGAAUCCAAAGAGGCUGCUCGAAAGGCCAAAAACAAAUUUUUUAAAGAUGUUCAAAAAGGAAAGAAGGAGAUGAUUACUGAUGAGGAAAUGAACGAAAGAUUUAAUCCCAAACAUUUUACUCGACAACCUCGUGAAUUCGAAAUGAAAGGACGAAGCAAUCAACAUCCAUAUCAGUCGUUCAAGGUGACAAACAUUUCAUUAUCACAGGAAGGAGUGUUGUUAAAACCUACCUUUUUUAAAGGGAAUGAAAGUGCAUGUCCUUCCAAGAAAUCUAAGGAUCAUCUUUUGAAAUUUUAUUAUCCUGCAAGAGCACGAAAGUGGUUAAAGGAAGAGAUUGACAACAAAAAUUUUUCACACGAGACAACCUUUGCACGAGAAAGAGGAAGAUAUUUUGUUUGCCUUCCAGUCCGUUAUCACAAAGCUUUAACUCGACAAGAAUACCAACGGUUUGAUAAAAGCUUUUACGAGUCCAAUUCGAACAGUGGAAUUGAAUAUGACAGGAUAUUUCUCAAGGACUGCCCACAACCUUCUCAAAAUGAACUCAGAAAGGAAUACAUUGCAUUGGAUCCAGGUGUUCGAUGUUUCAUGUAUGGUUAUGAUAGUAAUGGAGACGCAUUGGAGUUUGCCGCUCAAGGAGAAAACACCAUACUCUUUUCCCUUUCUCUAAAGCAAGAUCAGCUCAGGUCGGAAAUUGCCAAGAACAAAUUUCUAAAAUACAAUUCUCGGCAGGAACGAAAAUUUUAUAAGGGUUUAAGAAAAGCCCUAAAAAAGAAGAUUAGAAGGCUGGAAAGCAAAAUUAGAAAUAAGGUGAAUGAUAUGCAUAACAAAAUUAUUGACUAUUUAACUUUCCACUAUUCUGAAAUUAUAAUACCUGAAUUUAAUGUCAAGGCCAUGAUUGCUAGAAAACAAAAACAAAGGAAGCGUCAAGGAAAAGAAGAUACCACGUGUCAAGGACAAGAAGGUUAUACUAAUGGCCAAACGGAGAAUAUGGAUGUGCGAACAGAACCUCUUGUUGCAUCGUCUUCACCAUUCGAAGGAUGGGAAUCAAGGGACACCACCACAAGUGAAACCACCACCAACACUUCCGAAUGGGUUGGAAGAAAAAUUACUAGAAAAACUGUUCGCCAAAUGUUGCGAUUCCGACACUAUGAUUUUCGAAUGAAACUCUUGCAAAAGGCAGAAAUGCGUGGAUGCAAGGUACAUGUUGUCACAGAACAAUAUACAUCGAAAACGUGUGGAAAUUGUUCAGUGAUCAAGGAAGACCUUUAUGGAAGCAAAUGGUUUCAUUGCAAUCAUUGUCACUUCCACAUCCCUCGUGACGGUAAUGGAGCAAGAAAUAUUUUGAUCAAGAAUUACCAUCAUUUAUUACAUUGGUAA